CGCGGGUAACCGCCGUGCCGCCGAGCCGGGCCGGGCCGGGGCCAUGGCCACCUGGCGGCGGGACGGCCGGGUGACCGCCGUGCAGCGGCUGGGCUGCGCCGGGCUGGCGGGCGCGCUGAGCCUCAGCCUGACGGCCCCGCUGGAGCUGCUGACGGUGCUGGCGCAGGUGGGCACUUGGCACUGCCGGCGGGGGCUGCGCGGCGCCGGGCACAGCCUGUGCCGCGCCGAGGGCGUGCGGGCCCUCUGGAAGGGGAACCUCACCGCCUGCCUGCGCCUCUUCCCGUACAGCGCGCUGCAGCUCGCCGCGUCCCGCCGACUUGUUAUUCUUUUCACGGAUGAGCUGGGUCAUAUUUCCCACUGGAGAGCCAUCAUGGCAGGAAGUCUGGCUGGCAUGGUUGCAACCAUCGUGACUUACCCCACUGAUGUCAUUAAAACACGUCUCAUUGUGCAGAACCGGCUGGAACCAUCUUACAGGGGAAUUCUGCAUGCUUUCUACAAAAUUUAUCAUCAAGAGGGCCUCCUGGCACUCUACCAUGGCGUCUCACCAGCUAUACUAGGUGCUAUCCCAUUUUCUGCAGGCUCAUUCUUUGUUUACAUCAAUCUGGACAAAAUCUGGCGAGAACCCAUAGUUCAUUUUACUCCUCUACAGAACUUCAUAAAUGGCUGUGUAGCAGCUGCUGUGGCACAGACACUUUCUUUCCCCUUUGAGACUGUCAAGAGGAAGAUGCAGGCCCAGAGUCCUUGGCUUCCCCACUAUGGAGCGGUUGAUGUCCAUUUCACUGGCAUGGCUGACUGUUUCCGGCAAACCGUGAAGAACAAAGGUGUGCUUGGACUUUGGAGUGGACUCACACCCAGUCUGCUCAAGAUUGUCCCCUACUUUGGUGUUAUGUUCAGCACCUUUGAGUUCUGCAAGAGGGUCUGUCUCUACAGAAACGGUUACAUUGAAUCUCCUUUAAAUUACAAACUAACUCCUGGCGUGGACCAGAGUUUACAGCCACAGGAACUGAGAGAAUUAAAGCUCCUCCGAAGGGAAAAAUUUGAGCCGAGGAAAUCAGCUCUUGAGAACUGACAUCGGAGUGGCCAUUGCAGACACACACUUCCUUUCUGAUGGAACUUUGCAAGACAUGUUGAAGCACAGGUAGCAGUGUCUCAGCAGAGUGCAGGGCUUUAAUGCUGAGACACCAAUGCCAGGAAUUAAUAAGUCUGAAUGGGUAUGAAGAAUAUGAAUAGUGAGCAUAUACUGAAGAAGGGAGAUGCAACCAAUUUGGAACUUGAAGUUAUAUUAUUCUGGGAGCUUUUCCAUGCUGAAGAGCCAUGUUGCAGAAAGGCAAGAAAACAGAGAUGAGAGUGUAAAAAUGGUAAGAAAAUUCAAAUGGAUUUUUUUGAAGUCAUCUGAGGUACUGAGUCAGCCAAAAAUGACAGACUAGAGCAUGUACAACAUGCAACAAUUCCUUCUGCAGUCUCUUUUUCAGUGGUAGUGUGGAUAUGGCCUUCUGUGGAUGCAGAGUCACAGUUCAGUCACACUCCAGAAUCCACCCUUCAGUUUUUGAGACUUACUUGGAUAUCAUAGUGUUGUAUGGAUCUUUGGUGUUAAGGAUGCAAAUGUGCUGCUGCAGCUGUGCUUUUGCCAAGAGAGAACUGUGAUGUGCAAAAUGAACUGUAAUACACUGGAAUGACAAUCCUUUGAACUGAAGUGUGCACUAGAAAACCUUCCCCUCCUUCCCAUCUGUUGUUACUGUGUGUAUGGGAAUUGUUUCAGGCUUUGAAAAAUCGUUUUCCUGAAGUUCUCUGAAAUAUUUCCUCAACAAUGCAGUUUUUAAAUGUGUUAGAUAUUUCAGAGCCACAAGCCUUGCCAUGUUGUUUUGGUAUUCCUAAAGCUCUAUUUUUGUAUCAAACUGUGUUUGGAUUCAUGUGCACAGACCCAGGCCCACUGUACAGCUGAGAACUUGUCAGCACACAACCUGUGAUUUUUUUUCCACUAUAACUGCUGUGCUCCAGGAGCCACAGAGAGUUUCUGCAGCUAUGAAACCUUCAGCAAGACCACUAGGUUAUUGCCAGUGCCAAGGUAACUAAGGGGCCUCUGACCACGUUGGGGAGCUUUUGAACAAUAAAAGAUCGUCUUGGUAUUGUACCUGACAACCUCGGUAUUGCUCUGGUUCCUCUGUAGAAGUACAGCUAUGGAACAGCCCCAUCCGAGUGCCUUCUGACAGAGACCCUUAACCCCAUGUCCAUGUGGGAAGGUGGGUGUCCCACCAGCCUCGGGCCCUGGCAGCGUGUCAGGGAUCUGAACAGCAGUGGUGCUCCUGCCCUGCCUGCAGCAGCCUGGGCUCAGCACAGCAUUUACCUGCUGCUUUUCACAGCCUCUUGUGUGUUUUUGUACUGUUUAUGGCCCUGCUGGGUGGAAAUAAGUAAAUCUCAGAACCUGCUGGGUUAGGUCAGGUCCCAGCAGGAUGAGGCAAUGCCAGAGCGAUGCAGGAACAGUCUGUGACUAUGGAGAGAGGUGUGCAGAAAGGUUUGGGAUAACUGUAAGGCCUGUCUUGCACCUAGAACUCAACACUGAUGUAUCCUACAGCUGAGGUCUUGCAGCAUCCCUCUUAGUGGGCUUGCUCACUUCUACUGCAGUGGUGCUUCAUGCUUGUUUUCUUCUCAGAGAAGUGAAAGCACUGAUAGCCAAAAGUGAGAUGGUAGAGAGCAGAUCUGGUGGCUCGUGCAUCACGCUAGGGCUGUAAGUGCUUUUGUCUCUUUAAUCAACCUGUCUAGUGAAUGUGUUUCUCUGUGCCUGAGUUUCCUCAUCUGCACAGUGCAGGCAAUAAUACUGAAACUUGCUUGAGAUGUUUGAGGGUUGUGUGAACGUGCUGGGGAGGAACAGAUUUCUGAAUUCCCUUCCCUUGUCCAAGCACACCUGGCUGCUUUUUACUGAUCUUGUGUUUCUAAAUGGAUUUUAAAGAUUGAGUGACAGGUGCAUAUGAGUGAUGUGAGUCUGAUCAGCUUGUCCCACCUGGCAAGAGUCAGGGUGAGUCAAAAAGUUACCUCUAACUUGUUUCUGAUAUGCUAAUAACACCUUUGUAUUGAAAUGUACUCCCACGACCUAUAAAUCACUUACCCUUUA